UUCUAUCCUUCACUUCUACUUUCCAGUUGUUCCCACAACAUUUCGCUCAGUGCACACUUGCUUGUUCACAUUUAAUAAACUAAAAGCAUUGACAGCGACCCCCUAAACGGUUUUCGGAGGGGAAGGCGAAGCGUAACUCCGAAGAUAUUUAUCUUAAACAUAUGCGCAUUAUACACACAAUGAAACCGUUUUUAUUAUGCCCACAACCCAUACAAAAAUAUCGAGUAAAUAUGGAAACCCUUUUGGCCCAGUCAAUUUAGUUAAACAUUCGAGCCGCAUCGAGUCAGUUAUUACACGGAAAACAAGUUGAACCACAAAGCAGUCAAAAUGAUACAAAUUAUGAACUGGCUUUCCAUGGCCAUUGGCUUGAUACCCUUGAAUCGUCAGCAAUUGCAAUCGAAUUUUCUGGUGGAUUACGUGAUGAUGGUUUUGGUGCCGUGUCUUUAUCUCAUUGCAUAUUUCGGGAUUAUUUUGAUGCAACGCUUUGGUCUUGCUUUUCUCGAUGCUUGCAACAGCGUUUGUCGCCUGAGCAACAAUCUCUUUAUGCAUCUCGGUGCAUUUCUCUAUGUGACCAUCUUUGUGAUGAGUUUGUAUCGUCGCAAGCAGUUCUUUGUGGAUUUCGAAACACAUCUCGCCGAGAUCGAUGUCGUCAUCCAAAAGUGUCGCCAAGUUGCUGAUCUUGAUAAAUCGCGUGUCAAAGCGGUCAAGCAUAGUGUUGCUUAUCACUUCACCUGGCUCUUUGUUUUUGGCGUCUUCAUUUUUGCCUUGUACUACGAUGCAAGCGCUUUGUAUGGCACCUUCGGCGAGUAUGCGAUAAUACCAUUCAUGGUAUCGAGUUUUCCAUAUCUGGCUGGCAGCAUCAUUCAAGGGGAAUUCAUCUAUCAUGUGUCUGUCAUUUCGAAUCGCUUUGAGCAAAUUAACACGCUAUUCGAGAAAAUUAACCAGGAGGCACGUCGUCGGCAUGCUCCAAUCCAAGUGUUCGACAUCGAGAGCGAGGGCAAGAAGCAGGAGCGGAAAUCGGCAGUAAUGGCAACCAAAACAGCAUUUGGCAUUGAGCAAAAACUGGCCGAUGAAAUGAAACGUCAAAAGUCGCCGCAUGAGGAUGAGGACGAGAUGAAUACCAGCGAUGAGGAGGACGAUGAUAUUUUUGAUUACAAUGAUACCAAUACCGAGAACACUGAGAGCACCUCGGAGACCAAUUUGCCGGAUCUGUUUAAGCUGCACGACAAAAUCCUCUCGCUGAGUGUGCUGACCAAUGGCGAAUUUGGACCGCAAUGCGUUCCCUAUAUGGCGGCCUGUUUUGUGGUCAGCAUUUUUGGCAUAUUCCUCGAGACCAAGGUCAAUUUCAUUGUGGGCGGCAAGAGUCCAGUGCUCGACUACAUGACUUACUUGUAUGUCAUCUGGAGCAUCACCACAAUGGUUGUGGCUUAUAUUGUGCUGCGUCUCUGCUGCAAUGCCAACAAUCACUCGAAGCAAUCGGCCAUGAUUGUGCACGAGAUCAUGCAGAAGAAGCCAGCUUUUAUGCUCAGCAACGAUCUCUUCUACAACAAGAUGAAAUCUUUUACUCUACAAUUCCUUCAUUGGGAAGGAUACUUUCAGUUCAAUGGCAUCGGACUCUUUGCCCUCGACUACACAUUCAUUUUCUCGACUGUUAGCGCCGCCACAUCGUAUUUGAUUGUGCUGCUGCAGUUUGACAUGACGGCCAUUCUUCGCAGCGAAGGUCUGAUGACCUAAACGCGCGCUCUGCAAAUUGAAUUAUUCGACACGUUCGGGCGAUUUUUGCUACAUUUUGCUUGCUUUUACUUUUUGCAAAACAUUUUUAAUAGCACAACAAAAAAGAUUACCUGCACCACUUGGCAUCGAAUGCGAAAUACGCUUUCAAUCGAUAGAGAAAUUAUUUCUUGUUUGAAA